UUUGAAGCAGGGAAAAGCGAGUUAGCUGUCCUUGUCGAUUCCUUGACAAUGUUUUAUCAUCGGUUAGAUCUCUGAGCCCCGACUUUUAUGUCUUCUUUGGAUUAAAAAACAAAUGUUGAAUGUUAUCAAAUAAUAUAAUAUUGCCGCCCUCCGCGGCUCCCAGUGUUUGUUUUUUUCAUUGAAAACGUGGGUGUUACCGGUGGCAGACCCCUGGUCUAGAUCAUUCUUAUUCACUUUUUUAAAUUGUAGUAGUGUAACCUUAGUUAGUAUUCCUUUUUAUUUUGUUUAUUUUAUGUUUGGGAAAGGUGACAUUUCAGCUACUGUGAUUCUAUUUGUCAUUAACAUUAGUUCCUACCUGUCCUUGUUGACGGGGGACAGGAAAAAGGUGACGCGCGUUGGGUAAGAGCGGCGUAAAGAAAAAAGUGUACAUGUGCCGUACUGUCUUGCCGUGUGGUGCAUUAAAGAAGCAUACCACGUAAAGAAAAUUGCCCGUACCAACAGCGAGAAAUCAGGGUUACAGUAGCUUGUCGGCCAAAAAUCGAACGCUGCACGUCGGAGGGCGCACCGUUCAGCUUCUUAUUUUCGGUUUUAAACUGCCAUAAUUUGCCAUAAUUUACUUACGUUCAUAACUUCAUACUAUAAUGUGACCAGCGGUUCAUGGUCUUGGCGAUCCAUGCACUAAGUAAUACAACGUUGUCAUCUCGUGAUCACAUGAUGAUGAUGAUGAGACGCUGAUUUUCCAAUAAUUAAAAUUAAAAAACUGCUUCCACUCAGACUCGAACCCCGGACAAAAAAAAUUUGUAGCCAUGCAUGUUAACUACUAGGCCAUCCAAGACCUGAUCAUUGGUUGUUCUACAAGAGGCUAUAUGACGUAAGCAACUACGAUGUUUUUGGACCAAAAGUGGGAGUCAAUCGCCACCUACAGGCCAGAAGGACGUAACACACUCUUCCCGCAGUGCAAACCGGGCACUGACGCGGCAAAAUUUGAAACCCAAACACAGUGGGGGUAGACACUUUUACCGGCUGCCUCUGUUUUCAUAACUUUAAGCUAUUCUUUUUUCUCUUGAACUUAAAACUAUUUAUUUGAGAUUUAGCUGUUUUUGUUACAUUUACGUAUAUUGUGUCUUCCUGUAUUUUCAGCAGUUCUUUUAAUUAAAUUUAUUUUAAUUUAAAUUUUAGCAAAUCUGUAUCACCUUUCCUCAAUUUGAAAUUCAACUGCUUCAGCUUCUUCUGCAAACAUUCAGCUUUGUUUAAACAACUCUCUGAAUUAAACAAUUGUCUUCAAAUACAUUCAUCUGUGCUUUACAUGCUUUACAGCUAUUUUCAGCAGUCUUAUGCUGUAAAGCAUUCACUGUAUUGGGAUUUGAAUCUUUAUUAUCACAGUGAAUGCUGCAAAGUAUUCUUUAAGUUAAUCUUUAUUAUUAUUUUUCCCACAUACUAGUAGUCAUACGUGUCUUAUUUUUAAUGAUGUGUCUGGUCAAGCCCUCAGACCUAUACUUUAGUCCGUAGGUCCCCUUAAAGCACAGAGAGUUCCACAAUUCCUCCCGUCGACUCCAACGGGAAUGUUUUGCUGACUUCUGAUUGGAUCGCAGAAGGACAGGCAUAUAAAAAUCGCUACUGUGGCCACAAUUUUCACUACCCAGACAUAAAUCUCACCAGUUGCUCAUUGAUGCCUUGGCACUCAUAAAGUGAAAUUAUUUUUUUUGAAAGCUAUUAUGGUUUUGCUGCAACAAGCCCGUUUAGCAGGGGUGCAACUCUGCUUUCACAGAGCAAAAUGAUCCUGAUUUUCCUGUCUUUUUUCUGUAUGACAGUGGCACAGCUGCAGCUUUGAGUGACAGCUUAAACUUCUAAUGCUCAGUGUAGCAACUCUAUGUAUAUUACUGAGUCAGCAGAUCUCCGAUUAAUUAGUGCAGCAAGUUGUUUGUUCUGCAUAUAUUGAUUCUGCAUGAGUAAUAAGGACUGUUUUACACUUAUUUAGCCAAAGACAAUACUCAAGAGGAGAUUGGACAAUUCGCUCAGCUGCACCUAGUCUGUGGAACGCUCUCCCAGAGCACACGAGAAUGCCACAGACUGUGGACGCUUCGUAAAACGUAUUUAUUUACUGGAGUUUUCAAAGUCAGCAAAAUCCAGAGUCGCUCAGAUUUUUUUGCGACAUCUGAUUCUCCCGCAGGAGUAAUAUCAUAAUAAAAUCAAACGCUGUACGUGGGAGCGCACACUCGUUCUGUCUAAGCAUACAGUACAAUUGCUUAUUUCUGUUUUGAGCUGCCGUAACUUGGAAAUACUACUAUACUAAAUACUACAAUUGUCUGCUAAAUAAUACAGGCAGCCAGCCCUAUUAGUCAUUUGUUAUUAUCUUGUAGGCCAAAAUAUAAAAAUGAGAUAAUAACACUAAUUGUUCAGUAAUUACAACAUCUGCUUCCACCGAGAUUCAAACCCAUUAACCCAUUAAAAACAAUAACUAACAUUUAAACCACCAAGACAUUGUAACGUUACUCUACGUGGGCCCAUAUAACAUUGUCUUAGUACAGCCUUAUAGAGGCCAGUGUCGGGGCUGAUCGUCACCUAUCGGCCAAAAAGACGGAACACAUGCUCCAACGUGAUAAAAACAAGGUGAUACCGUGCUGAAAAUGAAAGCUGAUUGUGGUAAAGGCUGACACUUUUAAGUGCUACAACUGUAGGUCUCAAAGAAAAGUGGACGCAGACCGUCCGUCAUCGUCCUAUUUUUUUACAGAAGUGAAUGGGAAAGUUCACAGCAUGUUGUAGUGUUGAAAGAAUAUAACCUUUGCCACCACUAUGUAUGUUCAUGCUGCCAAAUACUGUAUGACAACUUUCAAGGACAGUGGAGAAGACAGAAGGUGAAUGAACUGUUGGCGGGUCUAUGUUUACUCUCAGCUGAGACAUCAAUGACGCUGCGGUGAAAUAUAGCUACCUCAUUGCUAAUGAAAUCGCAGUGAGUUUUUAAAAUGAGUUUGACACCCCUGAUUUAAAUAUCCCAGUGAGAGAUGUUUCUGUGCCAUGAUGUUUUUUAAAUCCUCGCUGAAAAUCUUUGUACAGGUUAAUCCAAGUGAAUGACUUGGAAGAGUUAAUUAUUGAAGUUAACUCCAUAUGAGUUAUGGGGUAAAACUCUCUAAGUAACCAGAGGAGUUUGCCUAUAGUUUGCUAGUUCUCGAGGGACCAGAGUAGCUUUUUUCAAUAAAGAUUUGACCACAGCCACCGUAAAAGCCUGUGGUAGAUAGCCUAUAUGUAAAUAUUGGUUGAUUAGAUUCAAUAUGGAUGAGCUGGUUAACGAUAGAACUUCUUUGUGUAAUCUGGUUGGGAUGGGGUCUAAAAGACAAGUGGGUGAUUUUGAACUUAACUCCAUAUGAGUUAUGGGGGAAAAGCUCUCUAAGUAAGAAAGACAACUUGGUAAAUUUAUUAGAGUUGUUGGAUCUAGACAGUCAUUUCUGUCAUUUGGAGGAAGUCGCUGAUGAACAGUUUCCCUAAUAGUGAUAAUUUUAUUAGUAAAGUAAUUUGUAAAAUCAUUGCUGCUGAGAUUUAAAGGGAUAGUAGGUUGACACACAACACAACACAACACAGCUAUGACUCUUAGUCAGCCUAGCUACAGUGCUGAAAAGCUUCAACUUCUGGCUCUCGAGGAGUGCAGACGUGUUUUCUCUCUGCUCCUACUCUGCUUUCGCUUGCAGUGUCCUUGUCCUGUCUUUUUCUGAGCACCCUGAUCUGCUAUUCUGGAAUAACAUUUUUGAACUUGGAGCUAAUCAACUGGUCACUCAGCGCAUUGGACAAAAUGACCCACAAAGAAAAGAAUCUCAGAGAGAACCACUCUGCCCCUUGGGGACUUUUGCCUCCGGCUACGUGUGGGAUGUCUGGAGCCUCUGUCCAUCGAGGAUGCAGAGGAUCUAUUCAUAUUUUGGACUUUGAUAACAGGGCUACUCAUGAUUGCCUUUGGUGGUGCCCUGCUUUAUCGGAAGAUUGGAAAGAUUGGAAGAUAACCGGCCAUGGAGCUACAAACGCCGAUGGGGGCCAUGGUUACUCGGCUGACGGAAUUACACCAGAGGGUGGCCCGGAUUGAAGGACUGACAACUAACAUCUCAGCUUGUUUGGAUGAUUUGCAUCAGAGGAUGAGUUGGAUGGAGGGACUGAUUAGUAACAUCUCAGCCCGUUCGGAUGCCUGGAUUGCAGGACUGACUAAUAAGAUCUCAGCCCGUUCGGAGGAAGACAAGAGACAGACGGAUAACAUCUACAGACAGACUGAACACUUGGUUACUAUAGUGACAGCCUUGUCUGACAGGCUUGAGGAGAUGUUGCGGUUGACCCAAGGACCUACAAGAGGCGAUGAAGCCCUGAGUUCUGACCGAUUGGAGUAUUGCUCUAGACAAAUUAGUCAUGGAUCGUUAAAAGUAGUAGAGGUGAAAAGCAGCCUCCCAUCAGGCAUGGAAAGCCCUCUAGGAAUGGCAAGCGAACAGCAGAAAGAAGGAGGCGGAGAAGGUGAUGAAGGACAAGGAGAAGGCACAGGAGGAGGCAGCAUAGGAGGAGGCAGCCCAGUGGACCUGCGGGCAGAGCACAGAGUAGGGUCUCUAUCUGGGGCCGUAGCAUCAGUGGACACCGCUUUAAGAGAGCAGCAGCUUCAGCAGGAACUGGUGCUACUGAAACAGCAGCAGGAACUCCAGAAACAACUUUUGUUUGCAGAAUUCCAGAAAAAGCAUGAAGUGCUAACAAGACAACAUGAAAUCCAGUUACAGGAGCACUUGAAGCAACAACAGGAGCUGCUGGCAGCAAAACGGCAACAAGAGCUAGAGCAAAAGAGAAAACUAGAGCAACAAAGACACGAAGAGCAGGAGAAACAUAGACUGGAGCAACAACUGCUGCUGCUGAGGAACAAGGAAAAAGGCAAAGAGAGUAGGUUACACCAUGGUGCUAUUGCCAGUACAGAGGUGAAACUGAAGCUGCAAGAGUUUCUUCUGAGCAAGAAAGAGCCUGGUCCUGUAGGACUGAAUCAUUCCUUCUCCCCAAAGUGCUGGGGAGGCCAGCACACCUCCCUGGAGCAGAGCUCUCCACAAAGUAAUAACCCAGGAACUACUCCCUCUUACAAACUGCCCCCACUGUUGGGAAAUUAUGAGGGAAAAGAUGACUUCCCUCUCCGCAAGACAGUCUCUGAACCCAACCUGAAGGUGCGUUCACGGUUAAAGCAAAAAGUGGCUGAAAGACGGAGUUCUCCACUUCUUCGCAGAAAGGAUGGAACUGUCAUCAGCACCUUUAAGAAGAGGGCCAUAGAGAUAUCAGUCUCCUCUCUCUGUAAUAGUGCUCCAGGAUCAGGUCCCAGCAGUCCUAACAGUUCAAAUACAGCUAUCGCCAAUGGCAACACAGGAUCAGUCCCCAACAUACAGACUGAGCUAAGAUCACUCCAUCAGACGCUUGGGGCUGAUGGAACAUUGAGUCCUCUGAGUUUGUAUACAUCACCUUCCCUGCCUAAUAUUUCCCUUGGCCUUCCUGCUAACACACACAUUACGACCUCUCAAAAGCUUUCUACCCAGCAAGAGGCUGAGCAUCAAGCCAUCCAAUCACUCCGAGGUGGCGGAUCUCUGACAGGGAAGUUUCUUUCCACAUCUUCACUACCUGCAGGGGUGGGACAUGAUAUGGAGACACCACCACCCACCUCUCAUUCAGCCCAUUCCUCGUUAUUGCAGCAUGUACUACUCCUAGAGCAGGCCAGACAACAGAACUCAAUGCUUGCUGUUCCUAUGUACAGUCAGUCGCCACUGGUUACAGCAGAAAGAGGUGUUUCCAGUGGCAUGCGGACUGUCAACAAGCUGCCUCGCCAUCGGCCACUAGCUCGGACACAGAGUGCACCUUUGCCACAGUCCCCCCAGGCUCUGCAGCAGCUGGUGGUUCAGCAGCAACACCAACAUUUCCUGGAGAAACAUUAUAAGAUGCUAUCAAAAGGAACAGACCUAGCUAGGCCUCCACCUACCCACCAAGAAGAAACAGAGGAGGAGCUCACAGAGACCAAUGACAUGCAGGAGGAUGACAGAGGGGCAGGUCCUCACAGACUUCAGAAAGAAGGCUCUGAUGACAGUACACAUUCCUCAGAACAACUUGUUGUGCAUGUGAAGUCUGAGGAUGAGCAAGGGGGCAUGCACAUGAAAGGGGAGAGUACAGAGAGUGAGCUGGAUGAAGAAGAAGAGGACGAGGAACUUAUCCAGCUGAGAGAGGGCAGUGAGGAGGAAAGGGGGAGCUACACACAGGCUUUGCAGCAGCUGGGGGUGUUCCAAUUGUCAUUGCCCCACAGACCUUUGGGAAGAGCACAGUCGUCACCCGCAGCCACCGUCAAUCCCAUUAAACACCUCUUUACUACUGGGCUUGUGUAUGACAGUUUGAUGUUAAAACAUCAAUGUGUGUGCGGCAAUGCUCACAUCCACCCAGAGCAUGCGGGGAGAGUGCAGAGCAUCUGGUCCAGACUGCAGGAGACGGGGUUGCUAAGCCGCUGUGAGAGGAUUCGUGGGCGUAAAGCAUCUCUGGAUGAGAUUCAGUCUGUCCAUUCAGAGUUCCACACUCUACUAUAUGGAACCAGUCCCCUAAAUCGACACAAACUGGACCACAAGAAGCUAUUGGGUCCAAUUAGCCAGAAGAUGUAUGCUGUUCUUCCCUGUGGAGGAAUAGGGGUCGACAGUGACACAGUGUGGAAUGAGAUGCAUUCAUCAGCGGCAGUGCGCAUGGCUGUUGGCUCGGUCAUUGAGCUGGCCUUUAGAGUGGCAGCAGGAGAGCUCAAGAACGGCUUCGCAGUUGUGCGGCCCCCAGGUCACCAUGCUGAAGAAUCCACUGCCAUGGGGUUUUGCUUCUUCAAUUCAGUAGCUAUAACUACCAAACUGCUGCAGCAGAAAUUAGGGGUGGGCAAGAUCCUCAUUGUGGAUUGGGACAUUCACCAUGGAAAUGGCACCCAACAGGCCUUCUACAGUGACCCUAAUGUCCUCUAUAUCUCACUACAUCGCUAUGAUGAUGGAAACUUUUUUCCUGGUAGUGGAGCUCCUGAGGAGGUGGGAUCAGCUGCAGGUGCUGGAUUUAAUGUGAACAUAGCUUGGACUGGAGGAGUAGAGCCCCCUAUGGGCGAUGUGGAGUACCUCACGGCCUUUAGGACUGUAGUGAUGCCCAUUGCACAGCAGUUCAGUCCAGAUGUGGUUAUGGUGUCGGCUGGCUUUGAUGCAGUUGAGGGUCACCAGUCCCCUCUGGGUGGCUACAAUGUCUCGGCCAAGUGUUUCGGUCAGCUAACACAGUUGCUGAUGGGUCUCGCAGGUGGGCGAGUUGUUAUGGCGCUGGAGGGUGGUCAUGACCUCACUGCCAUCUGUGAUGCAUCGGAGGCUUGUGUUUCUGCACUUUUGGGAGACCCAUGCGAGUCCACGUUUCAGUGGCCUAAGGAGAAUCCAUGUCCAAAAGCUUGCACCUCACUGGAAAGAGUAAUAGAGCUCCAGAGUAAACACUGGUCCUGUCUCCAGAGUUGGUCUCAGUCCAGUGGCCACUCAAUAUUGAAUCCCCUCCUUGCUGCCCAGGGUCAGUCAGAGAAGGAUGAAGCAGAAACACUGAGUGCCAUGGCUUCCCUCAGUGUUGAUGUUGAGCCACUUGACUCUGUUCCUGAUAACGCGGGCACCAACAGGUCUACUGAGGAGCCAAUGGAAGAGGAGCCUGUAUUGUAGAAGGAGCUCAUUUAAAGACACAAAAAAUCACGUUCACCUCCUACCAACACCUCUUCUUUUUGAGUUUGUGUAGAUACACAUAUACACAAGGUGGAAAUGUGCCACUGGGGAAAGCACCAUGGAAGCAGGAGAAGCUGGACCUUUUGAAGAACUCGGACAGGUCUCUUUUCUAGUAGUUCAUCACCCAAGGAGGAGCAGAAAACGUUGACAGCAACAGCUCUGUGGAAAGAAGUGGAAUGGGCUUCAGCAAAGUUACAUGUCUAAACCUGUACACAGCACUACUGAAAAUUUCUCCUCUAUCCUUCAAUCAUUUUUGUCUUUCUUUUAUUUUUAUCUACUACUCUGUUUCCACUGACAGUCGAAAAUUAGCAUUUAAAUCGCAAUGUCAGAUUCCAAGUAGACGACUUGACUUCUUGUGCAUCUGUCAGAUACUGUAGAUGGGCAGAGGGAACACAAAGUUGCCUGGUGAAGGAGGAAGAACCAGUAUGUAAAUGAACAGAAGAGGAACUAGGUGCCUUUUGCUUAUAAGAAUCAAUCAGAAACCACAAAACACAAUUACUGCAAGCUAACCAGCCAAUCAUGACUGAAGAUACACACUGAUGGCACACGUUAGUUCUAGUCAAAUUGUUGUCUGAGUUUCUUCAUCAGGAUGCCUUGAUAAGUUGUUCUUAUCUCUUUUACACACACAUCCUUACCCUAACCCCUAUACAUGAUAACUAAAGGCAGACGUCUAACCCUUGCUCUAAUCUGAACGAAAACUCAUUUCUAACCGCAACCCUAAAAUCACAUCUAUACCCUUUAACCCUUAAGUGAGGACCAGCCAAAAUGUCCUCACUUUACAUUAAGCAUUAUGUAUUAUGUUUAAGUUUUGACAAUAUUCAUGUUGGCAAGCCAUCAUUACAUGCUAGGAGUCUCCACAAAAAUUCUUGGUUUAAUAUUAAUAUCCAUCCAUCUUCUAACCAUUUAUUCCCAUGCGGGAUCGCCAGGGGGGGUUGCUGGAGCCUAUCCCAACUAUCUGCAGGCGGGGUACACACGUCGCCAGUCCAUCACAGGACAACACACACGGACAACCAUUCCACUCUACUGGCAAUCUAGAGUGACCAAUAAACCUAAUGCUUUUUAAACUGUGAGAGGAAGCUGGAGAACCCAGAGAGAACAUGUAAACUCCACACAGAAAGGAAUCGAACCCAGGCCCUUCUCCCUGUGAGGCGACAGUGCUACCCACUGCACCACUAUGCCGCCCAAUAUUCUUUUGGAAUUUUAAGAUCUGGUGGAAGUGUCUCAGGAUUAGCUAAGUUCUUUAAUGUAUUUAUUCUUUAAAAUGUUACCAAAUCAAACUGCAUCACUACAAUUCACUGCUUCUGCAUCAAUCCUGUCUUUCGCUGUCACUGAUUUAAGUCACGUGAUCUGAGCCUGGCCACUUUUUCUAAGUGGGUUCUGGGAUUGUGGCAUGUGUUUGAAACACCACUAUGAACACCUCAUUCUGGUUUGUUUUAUUGUUGUAAUAUUUUUUUGUAAUAUUACCUGUUUAUUGUAAAUAUGCUUUCCUAUCCAUUUGCCCACAUUUACAUCGCAAUAGAAAAAGAAAGCCUUUAUUGGUCAUUAUCACAUGACAUUGGUCUUUUGCAUUUAACCCAUCCCCUGAGAAAGCAGUGGGCUGCCACGCAAGGCACCCGGGAAGCUAGUGCGUGGUGUCUUACCAAAGGACACACUUGGUGCUCUGGUGGGGGUUUGAACCUUCUGCUCCCCAAACCAACACUCUACCACCAUAAACUCUCAUUUUUCCAUAUCUGUACAUACACUUAUGUGUAAAAACACAGAAAACUUUUUUUUUUUUUUUGUAUAAGAACAGAGUGUUUUAUCCAAUUAGAUUGGAUUUAUGAAUAUGUUUUAUUUGGUGAUGUUUGUCUAAGGUCACAGCCUGUCUGUUUACAGAUAAUGAGGAUGGCUGAAUAUUUUAAGGCAGUAAUGGUUAUUGUUAGAAGUGAAUAGUGAGCUCCCCGUUGUAAGGCAGGCAGCUCUGCACUCUACAGGCAGACAGCAGCCACUGCAGAAAAUAGCAAGGGAUGUUCAGAUCAAAGGUCAUUGCUGGGUAAAUAGGUUGGUCCAGGGAUGAUUUUUGUAGUCCAGCAGAAAGUUACCUUAUAAUAUCCAUUGGCCUUUUUUGUCAUAAAAAAUAUAAAUAUACAGAUAUUUACGUGACACAUUAGACUUUAGUACAGGAAGUAAGAAUGUGAUAAUAAUGACAUUUUCCUAGGUUCCACCUGCAACAACGCAAAGAUAAGCCACUUGGCCCCUAACUGCAGCAUCUUUGUAGCUACUUAGAAAACCAGGUAUUUAUGUUGUCUUGACAGAAAGCAGCUAAAAUAUGAUAAUGGCUGCGUCAUGUAAACAUUGUUUAUUAUCACAUAAGCCAGUAUUGCUCACAUAAUCCCAAAAGGAUACCUUAAUAAACAGCGAACAGAAGAAUUGCCUUUGUGUAAAAAGCACAAGGUGUGAAAUUUUAUUCAUCUGGUCCUAAUAAUCUAAACCUGCCUACAAAACGUACCAAUUUUAUGAAGCUUUAUUUGAUAAAUCUGUCGCUAAGCAUUGAUUACAAACUACAGUUUAAAGCUUUAGAACAAUAUGUCUGACGUGUAAUUUACUAACAGAAAACGUUUUCUUUUUUUUAACAAAAUGUUGGGAGUCAUGACUCUAAAUAAUUAUUGACCAGUUACAACAAUAGCUUUGGUUUCUAGGUUCAUUUGCUUAAAGAUCAGUUAUCUCUGCCAGACACUACAGACUACAGCCUCAUUAAACUCUAAUUCUCAGAUCUCUCCGCAGUGUAGCGAGUGUAGCUGACUGGGUUUCAUUUGUUCAAAGCAAUAAAAUACUAACAUAACAAUAGAAUUUAGCUUCAGGGUGUGCCCUGGUGUUACAGCAAAUGGCAGCACAGCUUACAUUGCGGCUGGAGCACCGGCUAGAUUUUAUACUUGUGAUUGAGUGUUGUUUCUAUGGAUUAUUUGCCAGGUGAAAUAGAUUGACAGUUUUGACUGAAUAAGUAAGUAGUGUGUCCAGGUUGUUCAGUGCAGUCACUUUGUGUUGAUUUAAAGGAUAGGACGCUGUGCAAGUGGCUCCACAUACACCAAUAUUUGCAAACUGAAGCAUACAUUUUGGACUGAAGCUUUAAAAGGAUGGGUAUGUACAGAUCAUUCAUAGAGACCACCUACAAAACUAUUUGCACCACAAGAGUCUAUGUCAUGUACAUUCAAACACAACAUAAAUAGUGCUGACACCCCUAUUCUUGGUCCAGAGGCUGCACAGCCUCAUUGUUGCUACUAUCCACACAUUAAGGUGAAAUGCACACUUUCACAAGACUAUUUUGCUAAAUGAGUUGAUAUUGUAUUUUUCUUAAUAUGUUUGAUACUGUGGUGUAAAUGUAAUGUCCUACUAUGAUUAAAGAGGGUAGGGGCAGUAUAUUUUUGGACUCUUGAAAGAGACAGGUAAAGUUCAGCAUCAGUGUGACUUGUCACCUCUCACUAUUUCUGUUUUUGCUGGGAGGCCUUUUGUUAAUGUUUCUCUUAUCCAGCUCCUAUCUAAAAAAUGAAGUUUUACUUUGAAAUUAUCAUUUCAUAAUUACAUUCCUGACUAUUCUGUCUGUGCUGUAGUUUUCUUCAGACUUUUUCCUGUUGCAACACUACACGUGUUUCGUUCUUGCUGACUCACAUGUAUAUAAAAAGUGCUUCUAUGUAUUCAAAUGUGCAAUACAUGCUAUUUGAGCAAUCUAUUACUGUGACAAUUAUUGAUUAUGACACUUUUUUCAAAGGUUCAGUUCUUGUCUCAGUUUCCUGUUGAUAAGUUGUGUUACAGGAGCUUACAAAGGGAAAGGUGUCUCUUCUUCUUCUUUACUCGUAUUUCAAGGUUUGUGGACGUUUUAUUGAAGCCCCUUUUUAUUACUCACUGUAAUGUUGUGACAUUGGUCCGGACUGUUUUUUUUUGUUUGUUUUUUUAAAGUUGCUGUUAACCUUGUCUGUUAAUUCAAUAAAGCAAUUCACUAAAUA